GGCGGUGCCCGCGCGUCGUCAGUUGGGUCAGUGCCGCCGCCUCGCACGGAGCUGGGCGCUCCUUCUCCCUCACACGGAAGCCGCUCGCUCCGCAGCUCCCGCGCCAAAGCGAAUACUGUAGUAUGGUGGAUUACCACGCUGCCGGGCAACCCUCUUAUCAGUACGGCGGCAACGGACCGGGCAUCGGCGACUACAUGGCUCAAGAGGACGACUGGGACCGGGACCUCCUGCUCGACCCAGCCUGGGAGAAGCAGCAGCGAAAGACUUUCACAGCAUGGUGCAAUUCUCACCUGCGGAAAGCCGGCACGCAGAUUGAGAACAUCGACGAAGAUUUCCGUGAUGGCCUGAAGCUCAUGUUGCUACUGGAGGUCAUUUCAGGGGAGCGGUUACCGAAACCGGAGAGAGGAAAGAUGAGGGUACAUAAGAUCAACAACGUGAACAAAGCCCUCGAUUUCAUCGCAAGCAAAGGAGUCAAGCUGGUUUCCAUAGGAGCUGAAGAAAUCGUCGACGGCAACGCAAAGAUGACCCUUGGCAUGAUCUGGACCAUCAUCCUCAGAUUCGCCAUUCAGGACAUCUCCGUAGAAGAGACUUCGGCCAAGGAAGGCCUCUUGCUUUGGUGCCAGAGGAAGACUGCGCCCUACAAGAACGUCAAUGUACAGAACUUCCACAUAAGCUGGAAGGACGGCCUUGCUUUUAAUGCCUUGAUCCACAGACACAGACCAGAACUCAUUGAGUAUGACAAGCUCAGAAAGGAUGAUCCAGUCACGAAUCUGAACAACGCUUUUGAGGUCGCUGAGAAAUACCUCGACAUUCCCAAGAUGUUGGAUGCAGAAGAUAUUGUAGGCACGCUCAGGCCCGAUGAGAAGGCUAUCAUGACCUACGUCUCCUGCUUCUAUCACGCUUUCUCUGGGGCUCAGAAGGCUGAGACGGCGGCAAACCGGAUUUGCAAAGUGUUGGCUGUGAACCAGGAGAACGAGCACCUGAUGGAAGACUACGAGAAGCUGGCUUCCGACCUGCUGGAGUGGAUUCAGCGCACCAUCCCCUGGCUGGAGAACCGCGUCCCGCAAAAGACUAUCCAGGAGAUGCAGCAGAAGCUGGAGGAUUUCCGCGACUACCGGCGGGUUCACAAGCCCCCCAAGGUGCAGGAGAAGUGCCAGCUGGAGAUCAACUUCAACACCUUGCAGACCAAGCUGCGGCUAAGCAACCGGCCGGCCUUCAUGCCCUCCGAGGGGAAGAUGGUCUCGGACAUCAAUAAUGGCUGGCAGCACUUGGAGCAGGCCGAGAAAGGCUACGAAGAGUGGCUGCUGAAUGAGAUCCGAAGGAUGGAGAGGCUGGACCACUUGGCCGAGAAGUUCAGGCAGAAGGCAUCGAUCCAUGAAAGCUGGACUGAAGGCAAAGAGACCAUGCUGCGGCAGAAGGACUACGAGACGGCCACCCUGUCGGAUAUCAAGGCCCUGAUCCGGAAGCACGAGGCUUUUGAGAGCGACCUGGCGGCUCACCAGGAUCGUGUGGAGCAGAUAGCGGCCAUCGCGCAGGAGCUCAAUGAGUUGGACUACUACGACUCGCCCAGUGUAAACACCCGGUGCCAGAAGAUCUGUGACCAGUGGGACUCGCUCGGAUCCUUGACCCACACACGGAGGGAAGCAUUGGAGAAAACAGAGAAGCAGCUGGAGACUAUUGACCAGCUCCACUUGGAGUAUGCCAAGCGGGCAGCGCCCUUCAACAACUGGAUGGAGAGCGCCAUGGAGGACCUGCAGGACAUGUUCAUCGUCCACACCAUCGAGGAGAUCGAGGGCUUGAUUGCAGCCCAUGACCAGUUCAAGUCCACCCUUCCCGACGCAGACAAGGAGCGUGAGGCCAUCCUGGGUAUCCAGAGCGAAGCGCAGAAGAUUGCAGACUACAAUAACAUAAAACUCUCCGGGAACAACCCGUACACUACGGUCACUCCGCAGAUCAUCAACUCCAAGUGGGAAAGGGUCCAGCAGCUGGUGCCAAAGAGGGACCACGCCCUGCAAGACGAACAGAGCAAGCAGCAGUCCAAUGAACAUCUGCGCCGGCAGUUUGCUAGCCAGGCCAACAUUGUUGGGCCUUGGAUCCAGACCAAAAUGGAGGAGAUCGGCCGCAUCUCCAUCGAGAUGAACGGGACCCUAGAAGACCAGCUGGACCACCUGAAGCUGUAUGAGCAGAGCAUCGUGGAUUACAAGCCCAACAUUGACCUCUUGGAGCAGCAGCACCAGCUUAUCCAAGAGGCGCUCAUCUUCGACAACAAGCACACCAACUUCACCAUGGAGCAUAUCCGUGUCGGGUGGGAGCAACUCCUCACCACCACAGCCCGGACCAGCAACGAAGUGGAGAACCAAAUCUUGACCCGGGACGCCAAGGGGAUCAGCCAGGAGCAGAUGCAGGAGUUCCGGGCCUCCUUCAACCACUUCGAUAAGGACCACGGCGGCUCCCUGGGACCCGAAGAGUUCAAAGCCUGCCUCAUCAGCUUGGGAUACGAUGUGGAGAAUGACAGACAGGGAGAUGCAGAAUUCAACCGGAUCAUGAGUGUCGUGGACCCCAACAACAGCGGAGUGGUGACUUUCCAAGCCUUCAUCGAUUUCAUGUCCCGGGAGACCACAGACACAGAUACAGCCGACCAGGUCAUUGCCUCCUUCAAGGUCCUGGCUGGGGACAAGAACUACAUCACGGCAGAGGAGCUGCGGCGAGAGCUUCCCCCAGACCAGGCCGAGUACUGCAUCGCCCGCAUGGCACCUUACCAGGGCCCCGACGCCAUCCCUGGCGCCCUCGACUACAAGUCCUUCUCCACGGCGCUUUACGGCGAGAGCGACCUGUGAGGGUAGAGCUGGAGGCAGCGGCGGCAACAGCAAGCGCUGGCGCUUUUUGGGGAGGGGGGGGUGACGCUCUGAUUUCCCCCCAUUCACACACACACACACACACACACACACACACAGAGCAAUGGGAACCUUGUCUUUCCUUCUCUCUCUCUCUCUCUUUCUCUCUUUCUCUCCGAGGACAGAAAGCUGCCUCCACGCUGGGCGACCCUGGGAGCUGACCUGUGCCACCCUCUCCCCUCCCCCCAUCCCCCCAUCCCCAUUGCGCACUCAACGGACACUAUGCAACAGUUCCAAGUCUUUCCUUUCCCCCAAAACUCUGAGCAGCGGAGGAGCUCAGUGUGGCUCCUUGCUUCCCUGGGGAGGGAGGAAAAGCUCAGCCCUGAGGCCUUUCCAGGAAAGGGGAAAGAGUCCAAAAAGCAUCCACCGCAGUUCAGAUGGCUAUUUUUGUUAGAUAGAGAUGCCAUUCCAGUUUCCCUCCCUCUACUGAUCUUAAUUGGGCCUGGGGUGGGCUGGAGAGUUCUACUGUUGACUGGCAUAAUUGGGGCCCUCCCUCCUCCCUCCAUCUCUUCCCGGGCACUGUCUUUUAAUUUAUGUGUCUGGCGUGCCCCCAAGCCGCCCUUGGUCCACGGCGCAUUGAAACCCAGCGCCUUCGGCUGCCAAGACGCGCUUCCUUGCUUUCCUCUCUCUCUCUGACACAGAACCUAGAUACCUCAUUCCGGACCUUUCCACUCGCUGUGCUAGGCAGUUUUUGUUCCUAGCCUGUGCCUCUCGCCCCCCAACCCCAGUUUCGCACCUCCGACUGGCUCUUCCCUCCCCCCCUCCCCCGUUAGGGGUGAGAGGAGGAGGAUGGGGGGACCCUCUUCAGGAGUCUAGGACCAAACUCGUGGUUUCUGCCCAGGCUGUUAGCUUUGACUGGGAAGGAGGGCUGGGUCUGUACAGCCAUUCCUAGGCAGCUCCUUUAAGCGGUGCCCUCUUUCACGGCCACCCAAGCUCUCAAAGAAAUUGGUCACCUUCCCAUUCAGGGCUAGGUUUGUUGGAGGGCUUUUCCCCUUCCGCAAACUGAGCACGCGAGUGUUAAAGAGGCAGUGCCUCUCUCCUCAAAUCCGUUGCAGCGUCUUCCCCGACGCUCGCAGGAGAAGCAAAACCUUUGUGGAACGGAUCCCCACCCCCACCCCCAGCCCUUUCUCCUCUUUUCUCCCACGCUAGUCCCAUCUCCAGUUUUAUAAAUCCACCCGUCCUUCUCUCCCCCAUGCUAUCAGGUCGUGGCACCCCCCCCCCCCCCCGCCAGCCGCUUUUGUAACAGAGUUUGGAAAUAACACAAUCUCAGCAAUACCGACGCCCAUCUUUGAGGCCGAAAUGCAAAAACGGUUUGUUUGCUCGCGCGAAGUGCGCCCAGAGGCGACCCAAGGAGGGGCUUUGACUUUCUCCGGGAGGGGAGAGAGGUGCUAGGAGCCGAGCAUCAGUCUUAAAAGCAGUUUCCCCCUUCUUGACACCCCUUGUUUUCACACCUGAGGGUGGUUUUUGGGGUGAGAAAAGUGAAAAUGUGGGUAGAUGACACCAAAGCUGGGGGGGGCGGGGGGAAUUGCAAAUAACUACAGGUCCUUUUGGAGGGAACUUUUGAGGGGUGUCUGAGAAGGGGGGGGCCAAGACCAUUCUUCCCAGCACUCUCUAGCCUGGGGGUGAUCCUUGCAAGGUAGCGAAACAGACUCCGCUGCAGGGAAAACAGCUCUCUGGGCCCCUCGCAAACUCUUUGGCUGCUCCCUCUCCUCCCCCCACAGGGCAGGAGCAACUCACUCACUCAGUCUUCCUCUCUCACUCUCUCUCUCGCCUCGCUCUAAACAACCCAUAUUAAAAAUAAAAAAAUCCAUUGCUUCACGCUUAUAUAUAUAUAUAUAUAUAUUAUAUAUAUAUCUAUUUUUUUGUAAUUUCUUCAUCAUGGUGCAGGGUUUUCUGAGGACCAAAUCUAAAACGAAAGAGAACCAUGCAGAGAUCUUUUUUUAAAAAAAGAAAGAGAGAAAUUAAAAACACAGCAAACUGUUGCAAUUUAAUAACGUCCAGAUUUAUUAUUAUUAAAUAUAUAUAUACAUCUAGCAUCGUAUAUUGCAGAAGGGUGUGUUUGGGUUUGUUUGUUUGUUUGUUUGUUUGUCUUUGUCUUUUUCCUUCAUCAUGUAAUUAAAAGUUAUGGCUGACCGUAGCACUGGGGGUGGGGGUGGGGAACCAGUAACAUUCCUACACCUUUUUAUUUUUUGGUCACCCAUCUUUUUCAUUUUGGUUCUCUUCUUCCUUUCUUUUUGUCGUCGGAGAAGGUCUAGCUUAUUUUAUUGUGUUUGCUCCUGAAUGCUUGCCCUCUGGCAGGGGGCGGGCAGUUCAGCCAAUAGGGAGUAGCUGGCUUCUGUCUGCCUCUGUUCUACAAACUUCCAAGCUUUCCGGGGAAAACCAGCCCUCCUCCCACUUGGGAACAAGACAAUAAAAUGUAAUAUUUUUAAGGAUGA